GCCUCUACAUCCGGUUCCACUAAAAUGGCGACCAACACAAACCAGCAAUCUGAUCAACAAGAAGAAGACGCAUCGGAUUUGACUUUUCCGAAAGAAUUUGAUAAUGCCGAAACUUUACUCACAUCUGAAGUGUUAAUGCUGUUAGAACACCGAAAACAACAAAAUGAGGCUAAUGAUGAUGACACUGAAUUAUCCGAAGUGUUUAUGAAAACUUUAAGUUACUGUCAAAGGUUUAGCAAGAUGCUGAUGUCUAAGAAAUUACAUAGAUUCGAGUUAGCAGCUUUGGCAAAUUUAUGUCCUGAAACGGCUGAUGAGGCAAAGUCGCUCAUUCCAAGUCUUGAGUCCCGUUUCGAAGAUGAUGACAUUCAAGCAAUUUUAGAUGAGAUAAAAACACAUAGAAGUUUUCAAUAUUAA